AUGGCAGUCUGCAAAACCAAUGGAUUGGAGAAGGAGAUUGCCAGAUUGAGCCUCAAACUCAAGCUCCAGAACAGCAGAACACAUCGGAUCGGAGAUCGGUCUUCCUCACCUCGACAUGCUGCCCAAUGCCCGUCGACGCCGCCCCUCAGCCUCACGCCUCCCUACUCCGCUUUUCAUGGUCACGAUGAAUCUCAAAGUUCAAAUGAUAAAGGAAAUUUCCUUGAGCUUCUACAAUUUUUGGGGGGUCACAAUGAAUCUAUCAAUGAAGUGUUGCAAAAAACUCCGAAAAAUUGCAAGUUUACCCACCAUGAUAUUCAAAAAUACAUUGUAAAUACAACUGCACGUGAAACAUCUAAAGCCAUCAUCAAGGAUCUUGACAAUGGGUUCUUUUUAAUAUUAGUUGAUGAGUCAUGUGAUAUCUCAAUGAAAGAGCAAAUGGCUCUUGUUCUUCAUUAUGUGAAUAACAAAGGAAUUAUUAUAGAGCAGUUCCUUGUCAUAGAUAUGCAACUUCAAGAGCUUAACAACCAUUUUUCAGAGGCUAAUAUCAAUUUGCUACUUUGUAUGGCUUGCUUGAAUCCAAGUGAUUCAUUUGUGGCUUUUGAUAAGGAAAAGUUGAUACGUCUAGCAAAGUUCUAUCCAUUUGAUUUUCUUGGGACAGAUAUCUUGGCACUUGACUCUUAA